AUGUCGGAUGAGGAGCUGUGCCAAUUGUGCUUGGAACAUCGGAGAUUUGAGAUUGACUUCGUGAAACCCGUGUUUAAUUCAACCACAAAACUACUACUGAAACUCUUCGAGUCCUAUAAUGUGAAUAUUGAACAAGGGAACUUCUUUAGCAUUUGCAAGCAAUGUUUUAAAAAGGUUUUGUAUAUAUGCGAAUCACUCAAAAAGUGGGGCAGUGCCCAGGAAAAUAUCAAGAAAACCAACAGUGCAAUACAAAACCUGUUGGGACAUGGGAAAGUACCAUUGACAAAAACUAAUACCGUCGAUCUAGAGGAAAAACCUUCAGAAUCUUUCCAACAUAUCUACUGCGUAGAACCCGAAAUAUUCGAAAUCUCGGAUUCAGACGAUGGCUUGGCGACUCAGGUUAAGUCAGAGUCCCCAGUUGCUGAAAAUGACGAUGAUUUGGAAUUUAUAGCGGAGGAAACUGUUAUCCAGGACAAGAAUAUAGACGAGAGCAUUGCGGGUCAAGUUGAGUCAAAGUCCCCAGUCGCUUUGACAACAGAAGACUUGGAAGUUUUCGAGGAGAAAUCUGUUCAAUCCCCCCAAAGGACUUUUUGCGUAGAGCCCGAAGUGAAUAGCGACACCAUGGUUGCAGACGAAGACUUUGCGUUCCUGGAAAAUUUGGAAUCCUCAACCGCAGAAAAUAAGGAAAGACAUUUGGCAACAGAUUAUACAGAACUUAAUGGGAAGGAAUCUUUUCAACCUGCCUCUUCAAAACAUAGAGUUGUUCCAGUUAAAGAGCAUUGAU